AUGUGCAAGGAAUUCGAGCGGGUGAUGCAAGAGAAGUUCGAGAUGAGUGCUAAGGGAGAAAUGAAUUUCUUUUUGGGUUUGCAAGUUCAUCAGUUUGAGAAAGGGAUCUUCAUUUAUCAGACAAAGUAUGUUGGGGAUAUCUUAAAGCGAUUUCAGAUGGAAGACUCGAAGCCUGUGGGAACUCCUCUGGCUCAGAAUCAUGGAAUUACUCCUGACGGAACCGGUGAACAUGUGGAACCCUCUCUCUAUCGUGCGAUGAUCAGAUCUCUCAUGUAUCUUACCGCUUCACGGCCUGAUAUUAUGUAUCCAACAUGUCUUCUUGCUCGUUACCAGUGUAAUCCAAAGGUUUCUCAUAUGAUGGCUGUUAAGAGGAUUUUUCAUUAUCUGAAAGGUUGUCUAGACACCGGUCUAUGGUAUCCUAAGGAUGAUAACUUCGAUUUAAUUGCCUUCAGUGAUUAUGAUCAUGGCGGCUGCAAGAUUGAUGCAAAGUCAAUAUCAGCGGGAUGUCUGUUUUUUGGGAAAUCGUGUAGUCACGUGGCAAUGUAA